AUGUCAACCAAGACACCCUUCGUACCUAAUGGACCUGUUCACUGGAUCUUAGACUGGGAUGGCACAAUCACCCAAAAAGACACUCUCGACACACUCGUCAACAUAUCAGCGUCUAACAAGCCAGACUUCCCCACUUUAGACCACUGGAACCGCGUUUCACAAGCCUAUCUUUCCGACUACAUGACCGAACUCGAGAAGCAUGCUCCAGGUGGUGUUCUUCCAACUACUGUUGAAGACGAGAAAAGGCUGUUGAAAGCGUUGAAGCCUGUCGAGCAGAGGAGUUUGGAUCGAGUCUCUGCAUCAGGCAUCUUCGAGGGGUUGACUGGGGAGUUGCUGGACGAAGGGGCGAAGAAAGCGGUUAUGUCACAGCAGGUGGAGUUAAGAUGGGGAUUCGUAGACUUCCUCCGAGAUGUGCAGACUCGAAUAACGCGUCAGGGAGACGUGCUUAACCUCUUAAGCGUCAACUGGAGUCGUCGCUUUAUUGCGAGUUCCCUAGAAGCUGCAAACGUCUGUCUGGAUCCAAAAAUCAUCUUCGCAAACGAGCUCGAGGGUAUAGAGGCAAGCAGAUCCUCUAAUGGCCACAUCAGCCCGGAAGGCGAUAUGAAGAUCAUAUCCAGCGAUGAUAAGCUGCGUUACAUGGAGCGAUUGAGGAGGACGAACUCAAAGUCUGGGAAAACAAUACCAAUAGUAUACGUCGGUGAUAGCUGGACGGACAUCGAGUGUCUCCUUGCAGCUGACCUGGGGAUAUGCAUGCGCAACGAACCCGUGGGCAGCUCACAGAAGAAGCUGACCGAAGCUCUACAAAGACUAGGAGUUCGUUGCCCUCAUAUCCGGGAUUUGGGUGAAGCUGACGAGUGGGGGGUGGUUUGGGCAAGAGACUUUACUGAAAUACAGAAGUCGGCCAUGAUGGCCAAUUCUUAG